AUGGCGACCGGAAGCCUUGGCCCAAAUCUCAGCCACGGGGUUGAUAUAUACGGACCGCAGUUAACUGGCUACAUUUUGGCACCUACACUCAUCCUCGUGUCUCUUUUCUUCUACAUGAGUCUUGACCAGAACCUAUUCACCCUCGUUUUCACGCAAAACAAAGACUACCCGGACGUAGUCGACCUGGUCGAUCCUUCAGGGACUGUUCAUUACCACAAGCGCAGAGUUGCGGGACCGGAAUACAAGAUCGAGGUCUAUGAUCCACUGUCGCAGGCCCAUUUGAUUACAGCGAGCGCACCGUCUGCAUCAAGCAAGGCAAAAACUCUUGAACUGCACAAUCCCACAAUCCUUGUCGACCUCAAAUACACCGGAACGCUCUCGUUCAGAUGGAGCUUCAAGUGGGAGGAGCAUGAGUUCGAAUGGAAGAGAUCAGAAUGUUUCCUCAUACGAAAACCUGAUCCUCCUGUCCUGGUCGCCAUAACCAAGGAGCCUACGGGCCGUCUGCGGUCCCACCAGGUCCAGAUACUGGACUACAACAUCAACAGAUUCGAUGUCGAAGACCGCAAAGGCCUGGAAAUCGUCCUGCUUACUGCCCUUAUGACAUUCCAUGACGCCAACGAGGCAUACCAUGAACCGUCAAGCCAACAGCCCUCCGUGUCUCGAAAGAGCUCGGCACCCAUGCCAGUCGAUGCAGAUGAACCCCCUCCACCGCCGCCGCCGCCCAAACCAGCCCCGAAGACUGGUCUUGACCGGAUCGCGGAAUUGCAGGCCCAGGGAGGUGACUAUAACGAAGUGAUUGUCACUGAUGAGGGGUCAGUGCAGGACUACGCCGCGUAUUGUAAUGGAUUGCUUGAAGACGAUGCAAUGCUCUUCAUCAGUGUCAAGUCUUCUAGCGCCCAGACGGUACCCAAGGUCCUUCAAGUCGUAGAGGAGACGAAGCGGAUAAGGUACAAAGCUGGUCUCGACGAGGACAACGAGCUUCAUCAGUACGUUCUCUACGACGUGGAGAAAAAGAAAGGUCCGCGGCGGAUAAACCUUGACGAUGACGCCGACCAAAAGGCCAAGUACACACCGCCAGACAGCCUAAUCGUCCACCUGAGCAAGAUUGACAUGCCCGAGCUCCAGCCCAAAACCCAACCUCCUUCGAAUGACAAGGGAAAGAAGAAUGAUAAAAAGGUCCAACCCAUCCAACCCACGCCCUUUACGUCUCCUCCUUCGAUACCACCUACACCUCCCUCUGGCUCCAGACCUUCAUCUUCUUCGGGACAACAAAAGCCUCAGAAAUCACAGAAACUACAGAAGAAUAAGCAAUCUCGUCCUGCGGGAGACAAGGAUAAGAAGGAUAAGGUACCAACUCCUCCUCCUCCGCCGCCGCCACAACCUCCGGCACAAUCAGGGACCUUCAACUCAUAUCCAUCCAUUGGGAUCUUCAACACUUCUGCCGCACCUCCUCCAUCGUCUGCUGCUUCCAAUCCGCCCAAGUUCCCUUCACCUCAGGGCGGGGGUUACGAAACUCCGGGCCUGAGCCUUUACAAUUCUUUCGUCGCGCACAUGCAAAGUCCAUCUGGCUCUCAUGGCUCUUCGUUCAACAGACCCCCGCCGCCACCCUCUCCGGCCCCUCCUGGACAUUCCCCUCAUUAUCAACCGCAGCCCUCGGGUUCUUCGAGACCGCUUUCGGUUUCGGGAGUGACGGGAAUGGCCACCUCAGUCGCCCAUACUGUUGUCUCUGGACUCUUCGAUAAGCUGAACCAACAUCGUAAAUAGCUUUCCGGUCAUCAAUCGCUUUCGUGUAUUUAUUCAACAACAGAUUCAAGUGUAUUGUACAUUGAUUAACUAUGUAUGUUUUGUGAUUGCCAA